AUGUCCUGGAUGAUGUGCGCACGAACUUCCCAGGGGAAAUUUAAUAUGUUACCUCGUGUACAUAAAAACAGACUCCAAUCUGCUUCUCGCUCUUUUUUCUCUUUCUACCAUUCUACCACUGCUCCAUUGAACACUUCUACAAUGGCUCGAUACCCUUCAUUGCCCACUCAACAGACCCGGCUGGUGCAUGCCACCCCGGCGCCGUUUGUGAACCACGCCUCGCCUGCUGACGCCAACUAUGACACUGCCAACCCUUCAUAUAUUCGCAAGUACCUGCGCACCUACGGUCUCACUCCUCCUCGCGCCGAGGGAUACGAAACACAAAAGACACGAUGCCUGGCCCAGCUUGGUCUCAAGAAUACCCCCAUCGACAAGUUCCUAUAUCUCAGCACUCUGCGCAAGAACAAUGUACACCUGUUCUACCGCCUGGUGACCGACCACCUCAGGGAAUUGACUCCUUUGAUCUAUACCCCAGUUGUGGGCGAGGCCUGCCAACGGUGGUCUGAGAUCUACCAACAGCCUGAAGGUAUGUACCUCAGCUGGGAGGAUCGCGGUAAUCUUGCUUCGGUCAUCUCCAAUUGGCCACAGCCUAAUGUCGAGAUCACAUGUAUCACCGAUGGUUCUCGUAUCCUCGGGCUGGGUGAUCUGGGCAUCAAUGGAAUGGGAAUCCCUAUUGGCAAGCUUGCUCUUUACACUGCCUGUGCGGGUAUUCGUCCCGAGGCCACUCUGCCUCUGACUCUCGAUCUGGGUACCGGUAACAAGGCUCUCCGGGAAGACCCGCUGUACAUGGGUAGCCGUCGUGACAAGAUCUCUCCCGAGGAGGAGCGUGAGUUCCUUGAUGAGCUGAUGUCCGCCCUCACCGAGCGCUGGCCCGGUAUCGUCAUCCAGUUCGAGGACUUCAAGAACCCCUUCCCCGCUCUAGAGCGUUACCGCGACUCAUUCACCUGUUUCAAUGAUGACAUCCAGGGUACUGGCGCUGUCAUCCUCGGCGGUGUCAUCAACGCUGUCAAGCGCUCCGGUCUUCCCUGCAAGGACCACCGCGCCGUGUUCUUCGGUGCUGGCAGUGCCGGUGUUGGUGUCGCCCGCCAGAUCGUUGAGUUCUUCAUGCGCGAAGGUAUGACCGAGGAAGAGGCCCGCAACUGCUUCUACCUCGUCGACACCAAGGGUCUUGUCACCGCCGAUCGCGGCGACAAGCUCGCCGACCACAAGGUCUACUUUGCCCGCCGUGACAACGAGGGUUCUCAAUACAAGACCCUCGAGGAGGUCGUCGACUACGUCAAGCCCUCCAUCCUGAUGGGUCUCUCCACCAUGGGCGGUGUCUUCACCCCCGAGAUCCUCCGCAAGAUGGCCGACUGGAACACUGCUCCCCUCAUCUUCCCCCUCUCCAACCCUUCCUCCAAGUCCGAGUGCGACUUCGAGACCGCCGUCAAGAACACUGACGGCCGCUGCCUCUUCGCCUCCGGCUCCCCCUUCCCCAACUACACCUUCACCAACUCUGCCGGCGAGACCCGCACCUACUACCCCGGCCAGGGCAACAACAUGUACGUCUUCCCCGGUAUCGGCCUCGGCAGCAUUCUUUCCAAGGCCGUCCGCGUGACCGACAGCAUGAUCUACGCCUCCGGCGAGUCUCUGUCCUCCGCCCUGACCGCCGAGGAACUCGAGCGCGGUCUCCUGUACCCGGACAUCACCCGCAUCCGCGAGGUGUCCAUCGUCGUCACCCGUAAGGUGAUGCGCGCCGCCCAGGAAGACAAGGUCGACCGUGAGAUCUCACUCCGUGCGCUCUCCGACAUUGAGCUUGAUAACUGGAUCAAGGCUCGCAUGUACGAUCCUCACACUGAGGUUCGCGCUCUUGAGCGCGAGGUCGGCCACCUUCUCUCCAGCUUGGGAACAAUUUCGCCUCCUAUUACCGCGAAUGGCUCUCCCACUGAAGAGAAGAGCGGUGCCAAGCUGUAA